AUGGAUGGUAGACUACCAGAAUCCGCACUGCUGUUAAGCCUCCACUGGCCACCCACUGGCCACGAACGCCGUAUUGGGUACUGGACGUGUUGUCGUGGAGAACGCCAGGCAGACGAACGUGUACAUUGCACAGAAGGGGUAUUGUCGCACUUAGACAUAGACUCGCACGUCCGGGAAUGCGAUAGUGCAGCGCUGUUUUCCUUGUACGAUGAUGACAAGGAGGCAAGAGGCUUCAAAGCGGCAAAUCGGAGACAACACCUGCCUGUUCUUCAGACAAAAGGAGUUCGAGGUGCGCGCUUGGUCAAAGCGCACAAGAUUCCACGAAGGGUGACGAAAAGAAGGACGGCUUCGUGGGAAGAAACCGGGCUGUGCUGCGCGUGCGACAAUGGCAGAUAUAAGCGGAGUUUACUGAUCCCCUCUUCCCUUCCCAUUUAG